ACACUCCACAUCCAGCCCUCCAUCCAUCCAAACUCACACGCUCACACACAUGUUGUCGUGUGAAGUGGACAUGGAGUUCAAAUAGGAGCAGCACUCCACUGUUACUGCAGAGACUGUCGCUUUGGAUUUUCCUCUCACUUUUACGCACGCAGAAGAGAUUUCUUUUGUAAAAAUGUGGAAAUACACCAACUUGUUUGCCUGCCUGCUGGUUCUGUGUAAGGAUGCAUCCUCUCAGAGUAAGAUCUUCGGGGAGACCGAGCCUGUCCGCAUGACGUCUGAAGGCUCGGACUGCCGCUGCAAAUGCAUCAUGCGUCCCCUCAGUAAGGACGCCUGCCUGCGGCUGCGCAGCGGCAGCGUGCGGGUGGAGGACUUCUACACGGUGGAGACGGUCAGCUCCGGCUCGGACUGUAAGUGCUCGUGCACGGCGCCGCCGUCCUCCCUCAACCCCUGUGAGAACGAGUGGAAGAUGGAGAAGCUGAAGAAGCAGGCUCCAGAGCUACUGAAGCUCCAGUCGAUGGUGGACCUGCUGGAGGGAACCCUCUACAGCAUGGAUCUGAUGAAGGUCCACUCCUACAUCAACAAGGUGGUGUCUCAGAUGAACACGCUGGAGGAGACGAUCAAGACCAACCUGACGCGAGAGAACGAGUUUGUGCGCGACAGCAUGACGAGCCUCACCAACCAGUUCAAGAGGUACGAGAACUACUCCAACAUCAUGAUGAGCAUCAAGAAGGAGAUCUCCAGCCUCAGCCUGCAGCUGCUGCAGAAGGACGCCUCCGAGAGCAGAGCGCAGGACACCACUGAUGAGAAAACCAAGGAGGCCGUAAAGGUACCCAACAAGAAGCCCCCUGCAGGCAAAGCCCCUCCCAAACAGCCCAAAGAAAAGGUCGUCAAGCCCAAGAAAGACGUCGUUAAACCCGCAAAGCCGGUCAAGCCCGACCCGACGGCCAAGGCCAAGGCGGCGGGCCACCAGCCGGGCGUGGUGCGCGGCAUCACCUACUACAAGGCCACCAAGACCGACGAGGACGAGCACAGAGGAGAUCAUCCUGCCAAAACCUACACGGUUCAUCACGUCACAGAAAACCAGUCCGAGGACGGAGGAGCCGAAAUCAUCCUGGAAACGGUGGAGGCCACCACGGCCGAGCCCCUCGAUACUACUGCAGCUCCCACUACAACCACCAGCACCACCACGACUACGACCACCACCACCGCCUUCACCGCCACCACCGCCGCCACCACGACGCCCACCACCGUCACCACGGAGAGCCCGCCGGCUACCGAGAGGCCGGCGCCGACCAUCGUUCUGCUGCUUGAUAAUUCUAAUAACAACAGUCGGCCCAGCCUCCACAGAGCAGGGAAGAUCCUCAGCUGCGAAGGGACUCUGGCGUCCAUCGAGCAACCAGAAAAGCAGCACAGCUAUGGGCGUAACGAGGGAGCCUGGAUGAAGGAUCCCCUGGCAAAGGACUCCAAGAUCUACGUCACCAACUACUACUACGGGAACAACUUGGUGGAGUUUCGCAACCUGGAAAACUUCAAGCAAGGGCGUUGGAGCAACCUUUUCAAGCUGCCUUAUAACUGGAUCGGCACGGGCCACGUGGUGUACAACGGGGCUUUCUACUACAACAGGGCCUUCACCAAGAACAUCAUCAAGUACGACCUGAGGAUGCGAUACGUGGCGGCGUGGACGCUGCUGCAUGACGUGGUCUACGAGGACACCACCCCCUGGAAGUGGAGGGGCCACUCCGACAUUGACUUCGCAGUGGACGAGAGCGGCCUGUGGGUGAUCUACCCAUCCAUGGACUACGACUACAACCAGCAGGAGCUGAUCGUCAUCAGUAAACUGGAUCCCGGAGACCUGUCCUUGAAGAAGGAGACGACCUACAGGACGGGUCUCAAGAGGAACUCGUACGGGAACUGCUUCAUCAUCUGCGGCGUCCUGUACGCCGUUAACGUGUACAACCAGAAAGAGGGUGAGGUGAACUACGCAUACGACACCCACACCAACACCGAAGCCAUCCCACGCCUGCCCUUCACCAACGAGUACGCCUACACCACCCAGAUUGACUACAACCCCAAGGAGAAGGCCUUGUACGCCUGGGACAACGGCCACCAGCUCACAUAUCGGGUACACUUCCUCGACGAGUGAACCACAGACCAGUCCAGAGACGGCCUGCCGGAUUGGCACAGACAUAGGGAGAAGAUCCUCAGUAUUUGACAGCGCAGAAGCAGCCUUAUUGGACGAAGCAGGACAACGGAUGAACCUCCAGCAGCCUUCCAGUACCGAUACAUGCUAUUGAAACCGCUGACCUCAAAAUGUACCAAACAGACGUGACUCAACCGAGGCUUUGUGGCUGUAUGACGUGUCCAUAUAGGUGAGCAGGGGAAAUAGUCUCACAGGUUGAGUUAAAGUUUGAAUCACUUUGCGUUCUUGCAUUAAUUGUCAGCUGGCUGGCUAGUUUUGGAGUAGGUUUGGAGUUUUUUUUUAUGCAUCAUUGUAUUUUCUGAGUGAGAGUGGUACACAUCAGUCAGUCGGGAACUUUUUCCAAACAAAAGCUUUUUCUAGCUCCGGGUAGGUGGUAACUUAUUUUAAUAUCAUACAUCAUGUGCCUUCAUGUAAACCGAAAGAGACAUUGAUGGAGAAAGAGUGUCUUUUAUGCAUUAUCAAUAUAAAAACAAUCCAGCAUCCUGGUUGAUAGUAGCUUUGACUAAUAUUUCUGAAUACAAAAAAUACAGUACUGACCUCAAAAUGGCAAAAAGUCCAAACCUUUACCUGGAAAGUCUAUAGUCCAGGACAAUAUGGACUGGGAGUCAGGAAAACACUGUUCUUCUUGUGCUACUACCACUGGUGCCACUGUGGGAAUUUUUUUCAAUGCUACUGUUUUUGUUAAUUCUUUCCUUUUCAGCUAACGAUGUAGCAUAAUCAGGCUUUUUAAUCUUAAUAGCUCCUUCCUUUCACCUUAACUCAACCGAUGAGAUUAUUUCUGCCUUCACAGACAUUUGCCAUUCUUGUCCGUCAGCCGAUGUUUCGCUUGUCCAUUCACUCCAUCCUGUCACCAAGCACUUUGACCAUGGAACUGCUUUUGCUAUUAUUCCGGCCUCGUGAUGCUUCCUGUUGUUUUUGUUUUAAUUAUUAUUAUUGUUGUUAUUAAUGCUGUUUUGGGGGAUGUUUUGGAUAUAAUAUGAACUCAAAAACACAAUGUACACAAGUUUCUAAGCUUAAAGAUGUUUUGUUUUUGUAUUUACAUGAAUUAAUUUGAAAGUAUCAUAUCAUUUUUUCCAUGCAUAUUUUGAAUUAUGCAGAUUUUGUGAUUAAUAACAUUUGCAUAACCACUACAUUUAUUGUAAUUUUUGAGUAUUUGAACAUUUUCACCUCAAUGGAAAUGAAUAAAGAAUCGAGGUGCAGUGCUCUGUUGACCUGAUAGAAAUCAUCCACACUUUGAAUUUCAGCUGUUUUCUGGGAAAUUCUGGGAAAGUUUUUAAGACUCAUGAUCAGUGUUGGUCAAUUCACUUGUAAAUGGUAAUUAGUUACUGAUUACUUAACCAAAAAAUUAAUCCCUUACUUACCGAUUACAUAUUUUCAAGAGUAAUUAGUUACUUUAUUACUUGACUUUCGUUUCAGAAACAUGAUGCUCAACCUGAAAACACUAUAAAGCAA